UGCGCUACGCAGGGCGAGGCGAGGCGAGGCGAGGCGCUGCGCUGCGGCCGUCGGCGCCGCCACCCAGGAAGCGCCAGGCUGGGCCGCAGCCCCUCCGGAUCUCGCGGGCGGCGGGGCGCAUGGACGGCGGGUCGGCAUCGUCGCAGCCCUGUCGGUCUGCCCCAUCCUCUGAAGAGCAGGAGCCGGCUCAUCCAGUGCCUGGGAGGAGCGCCAGCCCUCCAGCGUGUCCCCUGCCUGGGGGGCCAUGUCACAGGACAGCGGGGGCUCGGCCCAAAGUGAAGCCGGAUGGCGGCACGAGCAGCCGUAGGGGUGGGCGUGGGAAGGCCCGACAGAGCCACGCCUCGGAGAGACUGAGCCUUCCCUCGUCCAAAGUGGGUCCAGCCACGGAGGGCCCAUGGCGGGCAGACCCCGAGCCCUCCAAGGGGCUGGGUCAUUCCUUGCGGCAGAAGCUGCAGGCCGCCGUGGGGCAGUGCUUCCCCAUCAAGAGCCUGCCACGCUCGCCGGACCUCUCUUCCCAGCGCAAAAUUCACCUCCGGGAGCUGAUGCUGGACACCUGCCCCUUUCCCCCGGGCUCGGAGCUGGCCCGCACCUGGGAGCUGAUCAAGCAGCACACGGUGCCCGUCUCCGAGCACGAGGGCCUGGCUGCCCUGCCCCCCGAGGACGAAGAUGACCGCCUGAGGGAACGCCGCCGCAUCAGCAUUGAGCAGGGUGUGGAGCCCCCUCCGGAUGCCUUGAUCCACACUUUCGAGGUCACAGCGCAGAUCAACCCCCUCUACAAACUGGGGCCAAAGCUUGCCCACGGCAUGACCGAGCUAACCGGCCCAGGUCGGGCCAUGCUGACCGCCACUGAUGAGCAGGACGAAGAGGAGGAGGAGGAGGAGGAGGAGGAGGAAGAGCUGGAGUCGGCCUUGGCCAGGCUGCCGGAGGUCCGGGACGGCCUGCGGGCGCACACCCAGAUCGACUACAUCCACUGCCUGGUGCCCGACAUGCUGCAGCUGACACAGCUCUCCUGCUAUUGGGGCGUGAUGGACCGCUACGAAGCCGAGUCCCUGCUGGAGGGCAAGCCGGAGGGCACCUUCCUCCUGAGGGACUCGGCCCAAGAAGACUACCUCUUCUCCGUGAGUUUCCGGCGCUAUGGCCGCUCUCUCCACGCCCGCAUCGAGCAGUGGAACCACAACUUCAGCUUCGACGUCCACGACCCCAGCGUCUUCCACGCGCCCACCGUGAGUGGCCUCUUGGAGCACUACAAGGACCCCAGCGUCUGCAUGUUCUUUGAGCCGCUGCUGUCCCUCCCCGUGCACCGCACCUUCCCCUUUGGCCUGCAGCACCUAUGCCGGGCCGUAGUGACCUGCUGCACUACCUACGACGGCAUCGGGCACCUGCCCCUGCCCCGGGCGCUGAAGGAGUACCUGAAAGAGUACCACUACAAGCAGAGGGUGAGGGUGCGGCGCCUGGAUACCUGGGGCACCUGACGCCGACCCCCAACCACCGAUCAGCCUCCUGGAUCUACCUGCUUUCCUUCGGGUGACAAUCGUUACUUCCUAACCCAUCUUCUCUUGCCUGGCAUUCUCCGGAAUGGGUGGGUGCCAGUUUCUGGUCCUGCUAGCUAGCAUGCUGGCUGGAAACGCUGAGCACGGUAGCCUGGCACAUCCGGAAAGGAUUUGGGCGAAGGAAGUGGGCCCGUCUCCCUCCACGCCUUUCCGGGCUUGUGAGCACAAGGCUGUCCGUGGGUGCCUUUUUUCAGUCUGGGUGCAAAAUCCAGGGUUGUAGAGACUUUGGGCUGCGGAGAAGGCCCAGAAUCUUUGCAAGUCAGAGCAAAAAAAAUGAGGACUUCCGGUUAACCAGAAUUUGUAGCAUCGAAGGCCUGAGCCCCCCACUAGAGGGGAGAUUCACCCUUAAAUCUCCUGCCUAGUGGGCUCUUGCCGAAGGGCUCUGUGGCCUGCCUCCACAUCCUUCCUGAGAAAAAGCACAACAUUUGGGGAGGGGGAUCAGGGCUGUUUCCAAGCCAGGCGUUUGGGCACAAACGUCUGGCAGGAAGACGAGCCGGGACUCUUCUUGGGUAGCCCCUUGGGCACAAUCCUGCAUUUCUUUGCCUUUCUUCCAUUCCUCCAAGUUGUACAGGUAGUCCUUGACUUACAAUGGUUCAUUUAGCAACCGUUUGAAGCACUGAAGUGAUUUAUGACCAUUUUUUAACACAAUCAUUGCACACACCCCCCUUCACGUGAUCAAAAUUUGGACGCUUUGCAACUGGAUCGCAUUUAUGACAGUCGCAGUGUCCCCGGAUCACACAAUCCCCUUUUGCGACCGUCUGACAAGCAAAUGGUCAAAGGGGAAGCCAGAUCCACUUAACAACCGUAGCCAGGAAGCUCAUGAAGUGAGGCAAAAUUCACUUGUCUCGCUUGGCAACAGAAAAUUUGGGCUCGUUGUGGCCAUAAGUUGAGGGUUACCUGUAGCUGCUGCUCUGCACCCCAAAUCCUGGUGGCCGCAGAGGGAACCAGAAGUGUCUCGCUUGGAGGGACACAAUAAGAGCAGCCAGAUCCAGAAACCUGCGUGCAUUAUCCUCGGGGAGGUACGCUGGGGGUGUGGUUGUGACGCUCUCCACCUCUGAACUCCUGCUGUCGGGCUCCCUUCACCACCUGUUGCUUUGUACUGUUGUGUUAUCAUUAAAACCUCCUUGGUCCACUGUG